UAAUGAAGAACUAUUAUCAUUUAAAUUUGCAACACCAGAAGCUCAUGUUAAAUUGCUAAGGUUCGAUAUGUAAUUAAUUUAAUAUUAGUAACCCUUCAAUUUAUGAUAUCGAUUUAUUUAGAAAUCAUGGAGAUACUAUUGGAGAGUAAAUAGAAACACCAUUCCUUAGUUUAGAUAAUUAGUAUCUAGAUGAAAAAUAAUUAGAUAAUGGUAGGAUAUGGGCAGCUAUCAUUAGAUUGUGUAGGAUUACCAAAACAUCCAAAAUUGAAUGAAAUACUCAGUGUUAAUUUAUUAGAUAAUACCUUAGACAUAUAUUACACAGAUAUAUUGUCAUUACCUUAGUUUGAAAAGUAAAUUAUUAAUUAUCUAAAUAGGAUAUUUCUAUUGACUGAUGAAUUAGAAUUGAAAUAAGUUAUAAUAAAAUAUAAUGAGACUUAAUAACCCUAAUGGAAUGUUGAAAUUAAGAACACUUCUUAUUCUCUUAAAACACAAUAUCCAUAACAAAUCAACUAUACAAAUGCUUAUUUUGCUUGUUUUAAUGCUAAUCAAGAGAAAUGUCUAAUAUUAUCCAAUUAUGGAGGUAUCUGGUUAGACAAAAAUUCUGAAAUAGAGUAACCAAUUCUUACAGUUGAACCAGUCAUUUAAUAAUCUAAUGAUUUAUAUAAAGUAAGUGUUUUUGAGAAAUAUCUUGCUAUAGCCAAUGGAAAUGCAGGAGUAGAUUUGUAUCAAUAUUAAGAUAAUAAACUCUAAUAUAUUUUAAGAAUUAGUUCUAAAGAUUUGAAUUAAACUUCAAUUAAUAUCAUUUCUUUAAAAUUAACUUAGAAUCGAUUAAGUAUUUUAGAUGAACAUACAGGACUCUACCUUUUUGAUAUAAUUGAUUAAUAAGUUUCAUUAUUGCUCAGUCUCCCUUAUUAAAGAUGUGUAGCAUUUGAUCAUAGUGAUAACACUUAUUUAAUUGUUGCUGAAACACCUAAUAAUAUUGAAUAUAUGAUGGAAAUCUUUGUUUUACCAGCUACUAAAGAAUAUUACAUAAAUAGAAUUUAUGUUAAUGAUUUCUCAUUUAGAGAUAUAUAAAUUGAUGAUGAUUAUGCUAUCAUUAUUGGAGAAGAUGUACACUUAGUUAUUAGACAUUCAAUAUUUAAUGGUUUUAUGAAAAAUAAUACUGAUCUUGUUAAAACCUUUUUUGAAGAUGAACUUAUUCGUUUUGAAUAUAUUGAAAUGAAUCAAACUAUUCAAACUUAAUAUGUUGAAACAUCUUAUUAUAUUGGAUUAUCAAAAGGUUCAUUACACAUUUGGAGAUUCAAUGAUUAUAAUCCUGUAAUUAUUUGUAGAUUCUAAUAUGGAACUACAUAAAAUUACACUAUUAGAGCUAAUUCUUCCAAAUGUGAGAAUCACACUAAUACAGAUUUAUUUGAACAAUGUCAAAUUACUUAAUAAUUUGUAAUUUUAGCAUCAGGACCUUUAUUAGAAUCAGAUUCCAAUUAUAUAAUUAUUGUAGUAUGUGUUUUUGCAGUAAAAUUAAUUUUAUAUAUUAUAGAUUUUUAUUUUAGUCAUUUUAAUAUUAUUGUACAAAAAAGGAAGAGCAUUAGCUAAAAAAAUCUAAGAUUUAAAGAAAUAAGCAGAAGAAUUAAAGAAAUAUGGUCCUUUAGAAGUAGAAUCAUAAUCUAUGGGAAUUGAAAUAACAUUAAAAAAAAAUUGA